CGCUUGUCUGCAAUUAACUUUUUUUUAAACUUCGUUUACUUUAUUUAAAGAUUCAUGUUACAAAUUGUACUUUUAAUAAUCCAGACUGUAGCAUAGCCACGAACACAUCGAAAUGUUUGUAAUUCCCCGUUUUGUGGGUCAAGUUUUCGAUAUCUUGAAAUAGUUAGUAAAAUAUACAUUUAAUCAAUAACAAAUACGGGACAAUUCGAACAAAUAAAAGCAUGAAAUGCAAAUGAUUGGCAUAACCGUAAAAUGACACGUAUGAAUUAUAUGAUGAAAUGAAAAAUUAAAGGACGAACAUGCAGCAUCGUAAGAGGACCGCCAAUUCUCGCCGGUAUAUUUAUCGGUAACAGUCAGCUCCAAAUUGCGAUGACAUUCUUUAAAAGCAGUAACUUUUAUCUUCACAACGUACUCUUUGCCACUUUUGAAAGCAUAAGUUGUCACCAAAGACGGACCAACUUCGUUCAUACUUGGGAGGGAACAUUAAUGCAACGAUGAAGUGUCGCGAGAAGGCUUCAAAGAGAACUCUCUGAUUUGAGACUAUAAUAAAUCAACUUAAUCAGCGCACUUGUUGGAAUUUCACAUCGAUUUACACAGAACUGAUACAUCUUCAAACGCGAAACGCGAGCACGUAAUCGUCGCGAAAUAGCAGCGCGGUUGAAGACAAGUUGAUGCGUAGCUGUCAAUGACAUCACGAUGUGGCAUUAGUCGAAGAAUGAGACUGAUUUGUUCCGCGAUAAGUAGUUAAAUUGCAAAUAUGUGGUCCUUUUUUUCGAGAGACCCUACCAAAGAUUUUCCCUACGAAAUCGGCGAACCAGUUCUUGGUUUGGAGGACAAGAGUGUCUGGACGUUGCACAGGGCGAAGAAAAAGGGUUCCACAGGAGGGGAAGACGUUUCUGUGUUUGUCUUCGAAUUUAAAAAUGGCAAUGAACAUCUCUUGGACAUAGUUCGCUCAGCAGUGAAAAGAUUGAAGACGCUCAGGCAUCCGAGUAUACUCACAUAUCUUGACAGUCUUGAGACUGAUAAAAUGAUUUAUUUAGCAACAGAACGUGUAGAGCCUUUGUAUAAUCGAUUGACAAAAAAAUCUGAAACUGGUAAGGAGCCCAAAAAGGAGUUAUAUUUUUCUUGGGGAAUAUUUCAAAUCACGAGAGCAUUAAAUUUUUUAAAUAAUGAUGGUAAUCUAAGACAUAACAAUGUCAAUUUAUGGACAGUAUUUGUGAAUGAAGAAAGUGGAGAAUGGAAACUUGGUGGAGUUGAAUAUAUGACAGCAGUAGACGCUGUUUACAAUACAUUGCCAGCAACAUUCCAAGCAUAUCAUCCUCCAGAUGCCAAGGAAAAUGUUAAGCCAGCUACUAAAUGCUCAGUUGACGUUUGGGGACUCGGAUGCCUGAUCUGGGAGACAUAUAACGGUCCGCUAAGUUCGAGUACGCAACUUAAAACUGUUGACAAAAUUCCAAAACAAUUACAAGUAGUGUAUCGAGAGUUGACUAGUGGAAAUGCGGAGGGAAGACCAAAUCCUGCCGAUGUGAUAGCGCGUUGUCGUAGUAAUGGAGGAUUUUUCAAAAACGAACUCGUCGAUGCACUUUUAUUUUUAGAAGAAAUUCAAAUGAAAGAGAGAGGGGAAAAGGGUCGAUUUUUCUCGCAGUUAGCUGGUCACUUAGAAUCGUUUCCAGAAGGUGUCGGCAGAUAUAAAAUUUUACCGCAAUUAUUGGCUGCCUUCGAGUUUGGCGAUGCUGGAAGUGCGGUACUACCGCCUCUGUUACAGCUUGGACGCCAAUUACCCGAUGCCGAAUAUCAACGUAGAGUUGUGCCAUGCGUAGUGAAAUUAUUCGCGUCGAAUGAUAGAGCGACAAGACUACGUUUACUGCAGCAAUUAGAUCGAUUUGUCGAUCAUUUGCAGCCAGCAACGGUUAACGAAGCUAUCUUUCCGCAGGUAGCAAGAGGUUUUCUAGAUACAAACCCUGCAAUUAGAGAACAAACAAUAAAAUCUGUUGUACAUUUAGCGCCAAAAUUAGAUUAUAAUAAUCUUAAUGUAGAAACAUUAAGGUAUUUUGCUAAACUUCAGUCGAAAGACGAACACGGCGGUAUACGAACUAAUACUACAGUUUGUUUAGGAAAAAUUGCUCAACAUCUUCAUCCUCAAAUCAGACAAAAAGUAUUAAUCGGGGCGUUUAUUCGAGGUACGCGGGAUAUGUUUCCACCAGCUAGAACGGCGAGCAUCUUAGCAUUAGCUGCAACACAGCAAUACUUUUUACUACAAGAAGUUGCUAAUCGUAUUUUACCAGCUUUGUGUCCACUUACUACGGAUAUAGACAAAGGUGUAAGAGAUAACGCGUUUCGAACUAUACGAGGAUUUUUAUCGAAACUUGAAAGAGUAUCGGAAGAUCCUGGGCUGCGCGAAUCCAUGGAGGCAGAUGUAAAUACAGCAACGCCAAGUCUUAGUAACGCAGCCGCAACAUGGGCUGGUUGGGCUGUAACAGCAGUUACUGCUAAAUUUUAUCGCAGUCAAUCGGAUACACCUAAAUCAUCGAAUCCUCAUGGUGGAUCAAGAAUUUUAUUAAAUAAACCUGCUUCUCUAGAACAAGCUAGCAGUUCACAAAGCAGCGCUAGUACUACUGCUACGACGAGUAGCGCUACGAGUAUGACAUCGCUAGAUCACGAUCACGAACAUGAUUUACAGAAUGCUACAAAUCCGAGCUCAGAUUGUGAUUGGGAUUGUUGGGAUGCUGAUAAUUGGGGUGAUAUGGAACAGCAACCAUCUAGCACCUCAACACUCGGGACGAGCAACGUUUCACCAUCUCCGCAUUCUCACAAGGACAACGACCAAUGGACAAGUUUGGAGGAAGAGCCUGAGGAAGAAGCGGCGCAAAGUAUAGAAGAUAAAAAUGAAUCUUCCGAGGUAGGUUGGGAGGACUCAGAGUUUCAACCUCUAGAUGAUUUUCAACCUUUAGAACAAUCAGGGAAUAUUGAACCUACCGGUGCGCUUAGCGGUAAUAAUAAAUUGGAAGAAGUCAGAAGAAAACAAGAGGAACGCAAAUUAGCAAGACAAAGACAAAUGGAAGCGAAGAGAGCGGUGAAAUUACGAAUGAAUACUAUUGCUAAAAAGCUCUAAUUUAAAUG